UUGGUUGCAUAGCUCUAUGUUUCAGUCUCCAAAGCGCAUAACGUCAUUAAAAACUAAUAGUAGUUGAAAACUAAUAAUCGUUUCCUACCUAAAGGUCUCUUCGUGAUAAGUUUUGUUGUUUUUCGUCACUAACAUGAGUCUAGCAUCACAGAGCGGAUUAUUUUGCGCAUCACAACAGAGCUGCGAAAGUGGACUGGAUGACGAUCCAUUGACAAGGUUAAACAUGAACAGCAGCGCAAGUUCAGGAGGAUCCUUGCAGGAAGCCGAUUCAACAAUAGUCUCACAGAAAGAAGAUGAUGUGAAGAGCUACAGCAUGAUGACACCUGCAGAAAAACUUUCGGUUUGUGAGAGACGGAUGCAGUCUUUAGCUGAUAGAGAAGAGUAUGAUGGCUGCAUUAAAGAGCUUGUGCGAUGCCUAGCACUGAGCAGACUGGUUUAUGGAAAUGAGCAUUUUGCAGUGGUCCAAGCACAGUCUAGGCUGGCUAAAGCCUACUUGCAGUACAAAGGUUGGCCACAUCAGGCAGAAGAACAUGCAUCCCAAGCACUUGAAGUACUUGGUUCCAACCAGCAGGGGGAGAGAGUGAGCUACCUCAAAUGUUGCCUUAGUGCACAUCAAACUCUAGGAAGUGCAACUCUAUUUCUGGGAAAUCUCGCAAAGGCCGAGUCCAGCUUUCAGGAGGCAAGAGGAAUAAUGGGAGACAUUGUCGCAAUAGAAGCAAUUUUGGACACUGACAGAUUGGACACGGAGUAUGAGAUAUCUACUAAUUUAGCAAGAGUGUACCAGCGCCAGGGCAGAGCUGAGGAGGCCCUGAGUCAAUGUGAAAAAGCUUUGGAGUUGCAGCGAGAUGGAGGUCAACUAAGUCGUAACUGCCUUAUAUACAGGAACAUGGCAGCCAUUGAACAGACACAGGGACGCCUGGACAGAGCCAUUGAGCAUCUUCUACAGGCUCAUUCCAUUGCUCAGAGUCAGAGUCCUGGGGGUCUAGAGGAGGCCCACACCGCUCACAGUUUGGCACUGGCUUACUCCUCCACUUCAGAGCCUCAACAUAACGAUUCAGCAGCACAGUAUUUUGAGGAAAGCAUAAGCGUUUACAAGAGUGCACUAGGCCCACGGGAUGGGCUCACCUUAUCGGUCCAAGAUGACUACAGUCACUUCCUCUUACUCACCGGACAGCAGGAGAAAAGUGCUCAGAUCCAAAGAGAGUCUUUAGCUCUUAAAAAGAGCACCUUUGGUGAACUGAGCGCAGAGAUGACAGAAGCACUGCAGUUGAUUGGUGGAGUGGAGAUGACACAGGGCCAGAUGAGACAAGCCCACAGGACCCUCAGAAAGUGUUUGGAUAUUCAGAUCAUGCUGUACGGUCCUCAGCACAAAAAAACCAAAGCUACACAAAGAACUGUGGACAUGCUGUUUCAGUCCCCAGAGGUUCAUGGUAGCCGUAAGACCGAAAGUCAACUUGAAACAAGACCUCCGUUCUGUGCGGUGGUCUCAUCUCCAACUGAACUGAAAUCAAGUAUCUCAAACUUGUAAGAGCACUGCGCGCCAGGCCUAUCUCAUAAAAGUGGCUUGGACUGUCAGGAAUGUUUGACCUCAUCCUAUUUUACCAAGGGUGAAGAUAAAACAAGGCAAUAUUUCACAGCAGACAAGCUUCAAGCUUUAAUCUCGGUUGCCAGGCAUCUGAGUGUACUUCUGAAGAACAAGAACUGGGAACAGUCCAACAGUGACCACAUACACUUUCGGGGUUGUGAUAAAGAAGAUCUGCUGUUGUUUGUGUAUCUUUUAACAGAAUUGAACGGGACUCUUUAACACUGUCUGUAAGAAUUUGUUUAUUUAGUUGUAAAUCAGUCUUUAGACAGCUGAGCAGACCUUAUCUUAAGAGUAAAACAGCAUACAAAACAUCCCUUUUGCGAUUGUGGUCUGUCAAAGCAAAACAGUCAUUGCUAUGAUCGUGCAUGUUGAACAGCAUACAGUAAAUCUGUUAGGACAGCAUACAUGCACAUACACAGUGUUCACACAGUCGUACAACCCGACAUAUAUUUAAAGAUAUUUGGUGCUGAAAGACAUCUCACUCAAAGCUAAAAUAUUUAUGGAUGAGGAAGCAUAACUAUCAUCUAUUCAUAAUAUCCAUAUUUUCUACCAUUUGUAUGUUAACAUAUUCUCUUUCUGAUGGAUCCUGUAGAUUUGAAUAAAGCUUUAUGAAGAUGUGAAAAGGA